UCAAGAUGGAGGAUUCCAGUGAUAAGGAAGAUAAUACAGAUACUAGCGAAUUAGGAUGGUAGGAACUUCGAAGAAUGAAAUAUUAUGAGAAAUAUUCAUUGUAGUAAAAUACUUAGUUAAUAAUAAUCAUUUCUCCUAUUUUGAGGGCUUAUUUUUUAUAUAUUUUUUUAUUUUUCAAGGCAUUCAGAUUUAGUAAGUGCACUUUCAAAACAAACCGAUAUCGUACGACUUCGAGAAAUAUGCCGUGGUCAUGUUAUCCCUGGUGAAUGUAGAGCAAAUGUUUGGCAGGUUUGAUGAUACUUUACAAAUUUAUCACAUGCAGCCGCUAUUUAAUAGGCUAGUCAUUGUACAGUAUUAAAUUACAAAUAUGAGUACAUUUGUCUAUUAUUUUAAAACCGAGGUCAAUGAUCAUUUUAUAUAUUGUACGAUUCGAAACAGCGUUAUAAUUAGCCAAAUUCAUAUUAGGGACGGGAAACUUGUCUUAGACGGGAAACUCGUCUUAGACGGGAAACUCGUCUAAUAUGAAUCCGGGGGCAGACGAGUUUCCCGUCCGAACUUUCCCGUCUAACUUACCCAUCUAAACAGACGGGAAAGUUAGACGGGAAUCCAUCUAGACGGGAAACUCGUCUUAAAUUCGAAUUUAUCCGUCCCUAAAUUCAUAUUCAGGCGGGUUUUCGCGGACGAGUUUCCCAUCUAAGACGAGUUUCCCGUCCCUAAUAUGAAUUCGGCUAUUGUUCAUCUUGUACUUGGCACAAAUGGAGCCCAGAAUUGAGAUUUCAUGCUCAAAGUAGUCUACACAGAAAAUAUCUUGUUUGGACAGUCUGGCUGCAAGUUGUACAAUGUUUUGAAACAUUUUUUUGUACACAAUAUUCCUGACUGGAGAUUUCAAAAAUUUAAUAGUAUUAUAGUAAAUAAUUAUAUAGAAAGCAUCAAAAUUGCGCAGCCGACUUGUACACAUUUGCCUGGAAUUUGCAGUGAAAUUUUUCCUGCUCCUGAGAUGGUAUUCGAUGAAAUAUUAAUACCAUUGUCUGGUCAUCUGGUAUGAUUGUACAAGAGUGAGGUAUAAUGGGUAAUGCCAGGAAAGAUCUAUGGGACAUUUGUGCUACCCAAUGAGGGAGAGGGGAUAAUAAAAUAAUAAUAAAUAUAAUAAUAAAAACCCCAAAUGUGACUGGACAAUGCUUAAAGUUAAGUUGCCAAUGACCACCCCCCACCAAGACCUGGCACAAUCACAACAGAAUAACAAGAAAAAAACAGCAACACUUACCAGCCCACUGAAGGCUUGGUGAGGGUAAACUAACUCUAACAUGUCAAGCAAGUAUGACUGAUAACACACAACCAAUCAUACAACAACCAAUCAUACAACAACCAAUAAUACAAAACAAAACUGGCAAGCAGCCGGAGAGCCGGCCAGCAGCUGGAGAGACAACUGAUGACUGCAACUGCAUGUCCGAAGCCAUCAACGGCUAUGGUAUCAAGAGGCCAGUGUAGUCAUACCUGCAAAUGUGCAUCACACAUACACCACCCCUGGGAGAAAAGCAAAAAAUCAAUGCCCACACAUGUUGGAAGGGAAACAUGUGAACAUGCAGCGUGACACACAGUUUGCAACUGAGCUCAACAAACCCCAAGCUCUCCCUCAGGGUCACCUCCCAGCAUCCUAUUUGUCAGUAAGAAUAAAUAACAUAUAAAUGAACACACAGCACAACUCAUGCUUGAUGUUAAUUAUUUUUAUUGUAUAAACACAUUUAAUAUCUACGAAGUGGUAUACAUAAUGUGAACUUGUGGUAGCAAUUGCCAACUGUAUUUCAUUGCUAUGGAAAUAAAUGUGCAUUGCAUGAGAUAAUGCAUUUCUAAAGUUUGAAUAAUUAAAAUUUUCAUAACAUGACCAUGCAUGCACCAGUGCUGGACUCUUUAGCUCAGAGAGGUCAGUGUGCUUCACCAAAAUCACAGUCCUGCAUUUUAUGGUACAUUAACUGCCGCAUUUUUGCAAAAUAUUAUGUUUAUGAAUAUGUUCACAUUCAUUUCAUCUCUAAUUCCUUAAUUCAGUAGCUAGCUUGCUUUUAACACAAGGGAAAUGUGUGAUCCCAACUUCACAGCCAUGAUAGUAUAUAUACAAGUACCUACACUGAAAACCAACCAUUUCAUUUAUACACUGUAGGUGUGUUUAAAUGUAAGUGAUAAGCCAAAUCCACUUCAGCAAUGGGAUGAAAAACUAGACACUCCAGAUCAACAGAUUAUAAAGAAAGAUUGUCAGACAUAUACAGGUAAGUUAAACUACCGGGUGGCGCAAAAAAAAGUUCACGCGUUUGAUUUAGUACAGCGAAAAAACUAUAAGUGUUACGUUCCUCAAAUAAAUGUUAUCCUAUACAGGAAGGCCUAACUUAAAUUUUGAUGUAUAACACAUGCAUUUUUGUUUAGUAUUACCCAAGAUAUUGGUAAAUCAAUUUGAAUAUGCAAUUUCAAAACGUUCCAAAAUUAGCUGAAAAUAGCCUAUUAAAUACGAGUAAAGGAAUUAACGAUAUAUAAAGAACACAACGGCAGUAAAUAACGCGUUUAUCAUGGAAAAUUAAAUAACUAUAUUCUUGCACGUGUGACCAUACUAUCGAACGAAUUAACGUUGGAUUUAUUUGCUGGUCAAAGUUAUGGCAAUCCGCAAUAAUCGCUUCACGAAGCUGUCUCAAAUUGUUCGGUUGUUGAUCUAAUUUAAUUCCCUGUAGCUAUGGGACAUGGAAUACUGCGAAGCAAUUCUUAAUUAAAAGAGCCAUCUUUUUCGAAAUUUUGUUGCUUUUCAAAUGAUAAUAAAACAAAUAAAUAAAUAAGGAAAAUCAUUCGUUACACGUUUCAAUUCAAAUUAAAUUCAUAUAAGCGAAUAUGUCUGACGAAAUUCUAAAAUUUAUCAAAACAGUUUAAUAGGCCAUUUUUAGCCAAUUUGUCAGAUUUUCAAAACUUCGUUCCAAAUUUUAUUUGGCGAUAUCCCAGUCAAUAUUGCACGUAAAUAAACAUGCUAUAGCUCAAAAUUUAAGUUAGACUAUUAUAAAUACAGCUACGUUUAUUUCAGGGAUGUAACCCUUAAAGAUUGUUCGCUGUACUAAAUCAAACAGUUAUACUUUUUUUUGCGCCACCCGGUAUUAAAGGGUAAAGGUGCAUAGGGGUGCAGUGGAUAGAAAAUUUUACUAUCUGGCCAUAUACUAGAUAUAGUUAAAAAUAUCCGUCUGGUUAUAUCCAGAGAUUGGUUAAUACAUUAGAUUCAGGCCAAAUCAUUCAAUGUUAAAUAGCGGUUAGUAUGAUUUUCUUGUACUUUAUAAACCAUAUUACAUCAUUUUUAACCUGAAAAGAAUUGCCUGGACCUUAAGUAGUAUAAUUACAUACUAGGUGAUUAUUGACAAUUCUCCAUGCUGAUUGUUUGGCAUUGAGGUGAUAGCUAGUAGAGAGUUUAAGCUUCGCGUUAUACGUCAAACGGCAAACCCCAGGCAAAGAAAAAUUUUACAGUAUCAAGCAAUAAAGAGUAAGUGAACUUGCUGUUUUAAAACUGAAAUACAUAAUUAUUCUUUCGAUGCAAGAAAGAAAAUAUGAAACGAAAACGUUCAACGAACAUUUUUGCCAAGAAAGUUCGAACCUGCCGUUUGCUGUUCCCAGAAACGUGAAGCUUAAACUCCCUAAUAACACACUGAAUAAUCAUACACCUAAGCAAUUUACGAAAUGGCGGCUGAAGCCCUUUUGAUGAUGAAAGAGGCCUAGUGCUUGGCCUUUCUGGUGUUUGAAUAGAACUCAACAUACAUGUACAAGUCAAUAUUGCAGUUAUAUAAAUUGCUUUUCAUCCUACAAAAGGUAGUAACAUGUGAAUCACAUGUUCCAUGAUUUUCUGUACUAUGUUUAUGGUGUUUCAAUUUUAGGCAAAGUAAUUCUGGAUGAUUGUGAGAUUGACAGUGUCGUUGAGGACAUGGAGAAAAUAAUAACAUUCUACUGCAAGACAAGAAAUGAAAGAUACAGAUCACAAAACGGAUGGGUAGAGAUGCUGCUGCCAUUUGUAUCCCUAGGUCUGCCCACUGGAGACGUUUAUAAUUUAUUUUAUGCAAUGCAUUCAAAAUAUAUUCCAAGGUAAUACCUUGCUUUAAUUUGCAACACACAUACUGUAUAGCCAAAUCAACUGUUGUGUAAUCCAUUUCAACUUGGAUCCGCUCAUUGUUCACUUGUUAUAGUUGUAGUUUCAAAAAGAAACUUAAAGCAUCUUGAAAGACUAAACCUUGUAUUUGAAGGUGACAAUGCUGGAGCUGUAAACUUGUCUGUCCUGAAUGUUGUCGUGUAAAUGUAAUGUCAGUUCGUAUUUGCUAACUCAAAUUUGUAUAUAGCCUUAUAACCUAAUAUUUUUAUUGUCUUGUAAAUUAUUUGCAUCACACUUGGUAGCCUAUAGUGCCUAUAGGAAAUGUUCCUCUUCCCUAUAGAAGCAGGGUGCGAUAAUUCAAGAUUUUUAGUCGUAUUGCGGCGUACUUGCGCUAGUACAAACUCAGUACUCAAUGUGUACUUAGUCUUUAAAAUAAUGUUCAUAAAGUACAGGUUUCUGACGAAAAGUAUGUUCAGAGGUAGAAAAAGAAGCACAAUUGCAACAAACAAUCGACUCCAACGUUUCUUAGUGCCAUCAGUCCAAUCAUGUUUCAUGCCAAGACAUCUCAGACACAUGAUACACCAACUAAAAUACGAUAUUGAAUACCUUGGGCUUGGAAAGGUUAUGUGAUACCAGCAAAAAGUAAGUACGCAGAUAGCAAGAGUUCCGCGAAACACAGAAGUACUAGACUGAAAACAAAGAAGUACCAGAGCGUAAUAUUGGCGUACCUCCGCUAGUCCGGUACGUAAGUACGCGAAUUAUCGCACCCUGUAAUAGAAGCCUUUAGGCAUCUAUAGAGCUCUAUAGGCUUAUAGGCAUCCCCAUAGAUAACCUAUAGAAAAUGUUCCAAUUGCCUAUAAAAACCUAUAGGUUUCCUAUAGGAACCUAUAGGCUGGCCUAUAGGCUGGCCUAUAGGCUGGCCUAUAGGCUGGCCUAUCGACUUUUUGUAAGGGAUAUGCGUUUAGCUGUAAGUUUAUUGCAGACGAUAGGACCUUCACUAGCAUCAUCGAAGAUUUUUCCAAUAUUUUUGAAAUUUUUCAGAUAGUGACAUCUUUCAACCAACUAUACAUGACAUUGUUCAAUGCUGCUUACAUUGGAACUCAACAUUUAAGAUAUUUUCUAUUGUGUUUGUCAGGGAAUGUCAUAAUGAAGGAAAACCAUUUCAUCUUUUCCGUUUAUUACUGCAAUAUCAUGAUCCUGAAUUAUGUUCAUUAUUGGACUCGAUGAAAUUGUUUCCAGAUCAAUAUGCUCAGAAAUGGGUUAGUCUAUACUGAUUACUGGUAUAUUAUAUUAAAUUAUGUUGAUUUGUGUUACUCAAAAAAAUUGAAAUGUCCUGCACGACCAACAGUCAAAAAAUUUCGGACAACAUCGUGAGGCAAUUGACCCUAGAAGUGCUUAUACGUCACGCAAUUUCCAAUCCAUCUAAACAUUUAGUUCCAAUCCAUCUAAACAUUUAGUUCCAAUCCAUCUAAACAUUAGGUAUACGCAAUGCAAUGUGGGAUACAUGUGGGUCAAAUAUUUACUGUUUGACAGUGACGUGACGUAAGGACUUCUAAGGUCAAUUGUUUAGUGCAUGCAUAACAUUAGAUAAAUGAAUUAUCCAAUAUUCCGGUGUAUUCAUGCUGGAAGACAGGCGUUUUCUGUUUAAAACAUAUUGAUCAUUGAAACGAUUAUGUCAGUGUACAUGUACAAUAAAACUAUCAAGUUUAACCGAAUUGUUUUUGGUUACCAAUACGCCAUUUUAUGCUAAUUUUUCGCAUUGUCAAAAAUACAUUAAUUAAUAGCUCAGUCAAUACUGCAAUAAAAUCAAAAUUAGGCCUUUCUAAAUUCAAAAUUAUGCCUUUUUAAAACUUAUUUGAAUGAAAUAGCUAUUCUAGUUUUCACGUUACAUCAAACAACGUAAUUUUUGUGGGGGACACCCGCGGUAAUAUAUAUUUUGUUUGUAUUUAUCUUCAAAGUUUCGAAGUCUGUUUGCGGCAACUUGUGAAUCAAGUGUUGUGGAAGCGAUGUGGGAUGUUUACCUGCUGGAAGAAGAUCCAUUCUUAGUAUUUUUUCUCGCACUUGUUAUGAUUAUUAACGCAAGGUUGAAAUUGGUUUUAUUGUUUCAAUUAAUUACAGUGAAACAUGCCUAAGUAUGUUUUCAGAGGUUUUCUAGUGAAGGGGAGCAUAGACGAACUUUCUGUGGGGAAGGGGGUGCGCACCCCGCAAAAAAUGUUUUACACCCCCUCAGAAAGUUUUCCAGUCCCACCUAGAGAAAUUUGCACUCCCUCGCUCACCUCGCCCAGAAUUUCCGACACCCCUCCCAGAGCAAAAUCUGAGAAUCAGUCUAUGAAGAGGAGAGGAUAAAACUACUUAGUAUCGCACAGUAAAAGUGCUACAUUCGCUCUGUCUUAGUCAAUCUCAUAGCUCAGAGCUAUUGUGCCUUAGUUUGAUAUCAAAUCUCGUUUCCAUGCUCUUCCCUUUUGUGGAUGUUUUGAUCGUUUGAUUAUUCACUGAAACCCGUUAGGGACUUUCAGUAAUUGUCCUUCUUUAAGCAAUUUAUAUCCAUUUCUACCUAUGUUAUGAAAUGUUAUUAACAUCAUUAUUGCUACGUAUUUUUAGGGAAGACAUAACGACACCUGGACAAGAGAAGUCCGAUAUUUUAGGCAAGUGUUUCUACUCUUUGCCCUUUGGACCUUCCUUUGUACAGCUUAUGACGCUAAGCAUAUAGGGCCUGAAGCCACCGACAAAUUGAGGUAGAAAUGACUGUGACAGUCGUUCAUUCAUCUUGAUACUUUUUUGUCAUAUUUUAGACAUCAUAUCGGAAUUUCCAUCACAACUAGCGGCAGAUGAUAUCGAAGAUUUCUGUUCGUUAGCACAAUAUUAUUCAUCAAAAACACCGCAGUCAUUUAGGAAGGUACGAUUUUGCAUACAGUAUUUUCAAAAUUGAUUUUACGGUUAUUUCCGUACAUUUAUAUAGUCUCUUUUUCGUGGGAUGUGUAAAAUCAAAACAAGCAGUACUAUUGACGACAUGAGCGUGUUGUAUCGAAUAUACAAACUCGAGUCGAAGGCUUGUGAAAGGUUUUGAUGAGAACAUUCGUAUUAUUCUUCAACAAUUUAAAGUGCCUAUGACACCAAAUUUCACCCCAAAUGUUUAUGAUUGCAUUGUAAAGAUCACUUAAAAUGACUUAAUAAUUUCUUUUAUAGAAUUUUGGUAACUUGCUUCCUUUGCAAGAUAUUCAACUUUGUUUCAUAUGCAAAUAUCACCGGUGUGACAUCACAUCGCAUAAUGACAUUUUGAAAACGCAAUAUUUUACCUUGAUAAAAUAUGUUUACAAACAAAUACAGAGGGUUAAUUACCAGUUAUGAAAUUAAUACAUAUACAAUGGCAAUUUUAAAGUUUUCUAGAUACGUAUUCGUCAAAAAAACUAUUACUUCUCUUGUAUUGUAAAGAUCACUUAAAAUGACUUAAUGGAAGUCAUUUUAAGUGAUCUUUACAAUACAACCAUAAACCUUUGGGGUGAAAUUUCGUUGUCAUAGGCACUUUAAAAUAAAUGAUUGAUAUUUGGUGAGAAAAUUGAACUUAAAGUUUAUGUAAAUCAGCAUGAUUUUGUAUCAGAUAUACAAACUCCUUCACGGUCAUGAUUGCUUUUGUGUUUUCGUCAUGAAUUAUUAAUGAGUUUCACAAUAACGGAUUUCAAAAUAGAUUAGUGUUGAUUAUCUUAUCACAACAUGUGCUGGAUAUACAGAGCGUCAUAUACAGUAUUAAUUUAUUUUGGAACUUAUACUAACAGUAACUUGGUUGUACGUAUAUGUCGAUUCACCCACAAGGUAUUUAUUUUCAUCUUUCCACCAGCAAUAUUAUGGUCAGUUGUUCGGUGUUAAGACAUUGAACGCUCACAAUGUUUCUCAAGCGUUAUGUUUGCCAGUAUCAAUUGAUGAACUGCUACAAUCUCACAAGAAUAAGGUAUUUAUUGUCCUCUUGUUGUCAGUGGCGGACAUAUGGGCGAAUUCGGUUGCAAAUAUAUAUCAUAUCAUCAUAACAUAAUACAACGUUACCACCUUUUGUCGCUGGAAAUCUUAGUUUCUUUAAAUUUUUGCCGUAAAUGUCAUGAAAUACAUUAUUAUACAUAAUUUAUAACCUAGCAGUGCUUUCAUGGUUGAAAAAUUGUUGUAACAACUUUACAACUUUAAGCUAUCGUUCAGAAAUUCUGAAAUUAUUUGGGGGCUAGUUUGGAUAUAUUAUUCCAUAGUGAACAGAAUACAUGCAAGCUUCGAAAAACUCACAUAAUUACUUAUAGUAAGAUUUCACUUACACUGCACUUCUAUUAAGUUUCUAAACCUUGUAUGGUAUGAUGAUAUUAAUUACGAUUGCUCCCAUAUGUUUUGUUAACCAUUCAGAGUGAUGAAAUUCGGUAUUUUGUCGUGGAUUGUCGACCUGCAGAACAAUAUAACAGUGGACAUCUACCAACCGCUUUUCAUCUUGAUGCUAAUCUAGUGAGUGCUAUGUUGCAGUAAUAAUAUGAUACAUAAUUUAUUCAUAUUUCUGUGUUUUCCGCUUUGUAUGUCAUUGCUCUGAAGAUGUCUUAAGUUAAAGACGAAACGUUCGCUUUCUAAUAAAUAUUUUCAAACUAUAUUUUUGUUGACUCUUUUACGUAUUUUCUGCUGGGCAUUAAUAUUUAUCUUAAGAUUAUACAUAUGAUAGUUUUACGACCUUUUCUGGGUCGCCAACAACCUAGCACGAGUCAUAAACACUGAUCACCUUAAUUGUCUUAUGAAGCGAAUCAUUUAGGUUGGUAUUUACUCCCUUUUCUUAGAGGCAGGACCGUCAGGAAUUUUUACCGGUUCGGGAUAAUUUUCCUCAAAAGAGAAUCAAGAGAAAUCACAACAGUGAUGCUAGAAGCAAAACUGUCACAACUUGCGACAAAAUGUUCAUACGUAAUUUGCUGCUCUGAGAUAACAUUAAGUAAACAUUAUUACUAGGUCCAUUAUUUUUGCAGCAAUUUUGUUGUUCGUAUUACUUCACCUUCACUCAUAGUUUUAAUAUAUCCGACUAGAUGCUGCAAGCACCGUCAGACUUCUCCACAACAGUGCAAGCAUUAUUUUCGACACAAAGACAGUCAGUUGCUGCAGAUUCAGCAGCUGGGGGAGAACAUCUAUGUUUCAUGGGAUCAGGAAGGGAAGAGGAAGAUCAAUAUGUCAAUAUGGUUGUGGCCAAUUUUUUACAAGUAAAUAUCCAUACUCUUCCUCAACGUGUAUUUCACUACAGAGUGGGAUCAGUGGUUAGAGCGCUGCACCGGAAUCGCAUUAUCACAUGACAGAAGGUUCAAGCUGGAUGGCCUAUAGUUACAUUUUUUCGCGGCUAUUCUCGGUUAGAUCUAAAAUUGUAUAGAAAUUUUCGUUUGAAAAUUCUAUCUACAAAAUUCCCAUCUAUACAUCCAGCUCAACCUCGUUCCCAUGAGCAUAUAGGAAAGAGCCUGGGUACGAGGUCGCAUCCAGUUCUGUCGAACCAAAUGCCCAAAAUCUUGAUAAACUCAAUCAAACUGGGAUUUAAAAAAUGCUCGUUGCGGUGUAAGAGAAUUGUCAAAAAUUCGUGAUGAUGUUAGUAGGAUUAGGAAAGAUGUCGAAAGAAAGUGAAAAAGGGUAUCAACAGAAAACUAUAAAAAUGUAAAUAAACAUAUUAUGUCUAAAUUAUGUACAAACAAAUCAAAUUUAAACCAUAAAUCCUGUGUGAUGCUUUACCGUGGAUUAAACUUUACUUUGCAGGAAUCUUUGCAUCAUUAUAUGCAACUGCAGUUCAUGUGCUGGUACUGGUGAAGUACUAUUGCCUGGCUAAUACGCAUUUAUAAUUUGUGUUUUAGAAAAAGACUAAAUAUAUAAGUUUGGCUAAAGGUGGAUACAAAGGUAUGGAGUAAGGCCUUGUAGACCAUUGCUGAAGGUUUCUCAAAACAUCACUCAAAUUACGUAUUUAUUUUGGAGACUUCUGCCAGUUAUGAUUAAUUCCGUUGUAGAAUUUGCGAUUACGUUUUAAGUUAAGGGAAACAUGGUAAAUCUGGAAACAUAUUUCUCUUAUACUUCCCCAAUCAAACCCUAUCCCCAACCUGUUAAUCUCAUCAACCUCUAUUUUACCAUUCAUUUUCUUUGUGUGGAAACACCAAUAAUCAAACACAUAAUAUUCAAGAUCAAUUUACCACUUUAGCCUACUGCAUCGUUCUCCGCCCCGGCUAGGAUAGUGAUUAUCCCUGUCCGUCAACACUGCAUAAACCAGAGUCAGAAAUUAAAUCAAUUUAACCAAUACUUUAACCAAUACUAAUAUUUAACUAAUAUCAUUUUCAACAAGAUGUAUUCGGAACAGGCUUGUAGCAAAUCAACACGCUGUAGCAAUGUUGUCAUUCAUCAAGUUUGUCAUACAAGGUUGUUACUUUCAACUUAUUGGUACAAGUCUGCUACAACUUGUGCGUUUUUAUGUGUUUAGCUGGUAAUUUUCGUGGAAAUGACGAUCCCAGCUACGGAACAUUUUGGCUUGCACUGUUGGCAUUGAUUGGUUAUAUUAAUUAGUCUUUCAAUUUAGUUUAUGAUGUUUUGUAUUGUCGUUAAUAGUUCUUCAUGAUAUGUUAAUCGAUGAUCUUGCAAAUAGUCUAGCUGAUCACGUGCUCUCCUCGUGCAUUGCGUGUUCUCCUCAUGCAUCAACGCCAGAGAAUGAGGUUUGUUCAAGUCAAUUGUUAGGUUUAAAAUGUUAAUCAACUUCAGACUCUUUCAUGAGUGGAAAUGUUGGGUCUUACAAUACAUUUGGGAAUUUCAGAUGUUGCGUUUGUGUUUCCAAUGAAGCGCUGAGGGUAUGCUGAAUCGUAUAGAGUCACACAGUAUGUUGUUUUGGGUUUAAUUAAUUGCGUACAUUAAUUUUCGGAAAAUAUUAUUUAAUUUAUUCGAAGUGAACGUACAAUUGUGCGUAAACUAUACACAUACAUUAUUUGGUAUAUAUGUUGUGAGUAGUUAUGCUCAUGGCCUUUCAGCGAAAUUCGGGGACCCGGGGCAAAUUUUAAUUUUGGGGCCCCUAUUUUUCCCAAAAAUAUUGGGGGGGGGGGGUUAACAAUUUUUUUCCGGACAUUAAAAAAUAGUCAAAAAAAUUUUCCGGACAAACAGCAGUUAAAUUAGGGAUAAAAAAAAUUUUCCCGGACAAAUUCCUGUUAAAACAUGGAUAAAACCCUUUUCUACCAACAUCUGUAAAAUGUAGGUUUAGAAAUUUUUUCUCGUACCAUUAUUUAUAUGAAAAAACGUUCCAAAUUAUUUUUUUAAUUUUGGGGCUCCCUUAAACUGGGGGCCCGGGACAAAUUGCCCCCUUUGCCCCCCUCUCUGAAAGGCCCUGGUUAUGCUUGUUAUUAAAGUGAAUAGAUAAAAUAAAAGAGUAGGGCAACUGGCGCAUGCGCACAACCAUUUUACCGCAUUUUCUCCGUACAUUACAAACCGGAAGAAUUAGAAUUGAAAGACGUGUUAUGUAUACAGUGGUUAGAAGUGUAAGUAUGAAACAUUUCUUUGUUUUUAUUGAUCAAGUUUGAAAAUUUUCAUUGUAUGUUUGAUACGCUGUUAUUAAACACUACAAAAACCUGGCAAAUUAUAUUUCUUCCGACGCUUACUGAAAUUCCCAAUGCGUCACUGACGUGCAGCAGCUACCGUCUCCAAUUUAUUUAACCGCUGGCUUACGGCAACUAUUUGAAAUUAUUACUCGCAGUAUACAUAUGUAUGUGUGUCUACGAAAUCCCAUGCGGGGUAGUUUUGAGAAGACGCACGUUUAUAACGUAGUUGAAAUGUUUGGUCGCCAACACGAGAGAUGUUUAUAUGUGACGUGGUAAAUCAAGUAUAUACUUAUAGAAGCUGAGUGUAAGGAGUAUGAAAUAGUGGUUGUGUUGCUAUUAUUUUACCACGUUCACCAGUUGGUUAGCUUUUAUUCCUUUGCACGUUCAUGUAUUUUCUAAUGCGUAUUUCCUGGAAGGCUGUGUUUUGUUUCACUUGUAUUUAAUUUCAGUACAAUAUAUGCAUCAUUGUGCAAAGAUCAAGAUUUUCCAUGCCGGUGCGAUUUUGUGACAUAGAGUGCCAGAUAGUACAAAAUACCAAUUCAUUUGGAAUAGUUAAGUAAUCUUAUUUUAGACGAUUUUAAAUUUCACAUACCAUAUAAAAUUUUCACCGAACUACAGCGCUAUAACCAUUAAUCUUUGUUUCAGUACGCGCCGUCACAAACGGCGUAACAACCAGCAAAAUGUAUUGUUCAGUAGAAAGCCUAAAACUGUACAAAAACCUAAUGGCUAAUGUAGCUUGAACUCUUCAAAUUUGCAAUGCCCACACUGUUAGAUAUAGUCACUUGAUUCAUUUCUCUACUGUGUUGAAACCUAAUGACAUGGAUAGAAGUUAAUAUGAUUAUAUUUGUCAACAAACUGCAAAUGAGUGUUUUUGUAUAACUGAUAUUAAUCGUUUAAUUUACAUUAUCAUAAUAGUACAAGUUUUUAGGAGUAUUGGAGCAGUUGACAAAUUGUAUAUAUUUCAUUGAAAAGAGGGAUAUUUUGCUCUAUGGUGUUAUCGAGUUUAAAUAAAGUUUAGAUAUUAAAGGUUGACAUUCGAGGUCGUUAUACGAUGCUACGCCACUGUCUGCUCUAUGACCUUUUUGACUUUUUAAAUGUUGAUAUAAGGAAUGGUCAAUGAUAAUGGUGCCAUCGUCCAUAACGAUGAUUUUAUAAUUUCACACUAUAUGUGUAAUAUGUAUAUUGUUUAUUGUGUGUGUGUGUAAUAUCUGUAUACUUGGUAAAUUGUUCCUGUGAUAAAAAUAAUGUGAAUAUAUAAUGAGCAGUUAGUAACGAGGCGUUUGCGAUCAAGCACCUCGAGCUUCCCGUUCAUACGUCUCACCCUUUGUGGUCGACCGAUUUUGCCAACCUUUCUUCCAAGCUCCUACUUUGCUGGUGACUUUGCUCCCUCAGAACUUCUUUCCUUCAUGCCUCUUCCAAAGUUCCAGAACCAGUUGGAAGAGGUUUUUCACAAAUCAUCCUCUUGUCCCUGCUUCAACCAUCAUCUUUCGUUGGCACUUGUUUAGUCCAAGUCACACGGGUGACUUGUCUCGAUUGGGAUGGAUGAGGUACCAUUGGUUGGCUAAGUUCUAUCUUGCAACAGCCGGCAAAACUUAGAUUAGAAUAAUAACUGUAAUUAGUGGCGUCGUGACUGUAAUAGUCAUAGUGGCACUAGUGUCGUGUUGAUUGAUGUCGUAUUCAAUGUUAAUAUAAUAUUGAUUUGCAAAUUAUAUCAUUUGCAUUGAAGAAUAUCCCCGCCAUGAUAAAUCCAAAGCUUUGCGAAAGAAAUAAACUUGGUGUUUUUUACGAAAAUAAUAAUUUUAUCGUAUUGCCAUGCAGACCCGCAAAGAUCGAGAAUUGUUUCGAUUCUGUUUCGCCAGCUGACCUGAUUCUUAGUGCUUACGCUAUAGUGUAUGUCGGCAUAAUACUUUAUUAGUGAAAAUUCAUUCCAACACAUUUGAUGAGUGGAAUGAUGACGUCCUUGAUUUCGCCGUUUCUUUGUAUGAUCGAUGUUCAGCACAAGUUUGCCAUCUAUUGAUUCUUAACUACUUCAUUUUUAGACCCGGACAGACAUGAACAGAAAAGGAGAUCAGAGCCCUGGAGUAAGUCAUAAAUUUUUCUUUAUAGUAAUGCUUGUUACCUUCAGCAGUGUAGAAAUGUAACUUGUGGCCUUGUAGUCCUGUCACUUCGCUGGAAAAUUAACUGAGUAAUUUAACCUUUGGUUAUAAAAUCGGAUAUUGAAUGAAUAUAAUUAUUAUAAUAAAUUAUGAAUGUCCCAAUCGAGAAUCGAACCCAAAGUCACCGUACCAAUAUUCUGACGACUAAGCUAUUAGGUUGCACUCAGAAUUACCCUGUAUGCAGUUAUUUGCAUACAUACACUCACAGGGCCGUCCCGAGCGGUAUCUGGUUGGGGGAGGGGGGGGGGGGGAAUUCGAAAAUUUGGGGCCUCUUCCUUUCGAGGGCCCCCUCAAAAAAAAUUUCCGAUUAGCGACGGGGAGGGAAAGGUCGACGGUUAAAAAAUGGGGGCUUAAAAAUACUUUUUCAGACUUUUUCGACCUCAAUUUUUCAGAAAAUUCCUUAAUAUUUAACACGUUCCGCAAUUCCAGCAUUCCGGGGCCCCCUCUGGGCAAGUUGAGCCGUCUUUUUUUCCUUUUCUUUGUGGGGUGUUACACCCCCCACCAGUUCCGGCACUGUACACUCAACUCGUUAUAUCUAAUCCACGUACUCGACGAGUUUUAUAUGAUUGUGAAACCAUGUAGGCAGACCAAGCCAGCAAUUGUAUUGCAUGCAUGCAUAAAUCUGAAGCUAUGGGGUUCAGCGUUGGAUACGGCGUUGAAUAUAAACAUGCAUAUAUGGAAAAUUUCUAGAAAGCCUGAGUGGGCAGAAAAAUCUAGGCAGAAAAAGAUGUACUAUACUUCACGACUUUUCAAGCAAAGACCCUUCAUCAGGAGAGUAGAAAGAUCUAAAUGAAACACGCUGCUUCUACAGGAAAAUGCAAAGUUUUCUACAAAGUUGUUGCCUUUAGCCUGCAGUGUAGGAAUAGUUAUUUGUAUAGUGAUUCGUUUUUUUAAAGUUUAAAUUCAAAUUUGUUGUGUUAUUUUAGGCAGGUUUAGUGGGCAUGUUAUCUUCAGCUAUACGUACAAGUAAAACAAAUGUUACUCAGAAGUUCUCUACAUGGAUGUCUGAGCCCCGGGAUGAAGUAAAGUAAGCUCUUCAAGAAUAUAUAAUGUUUUCUCACACACUUAAAAUUUUCAAAAAUAAAAAGACCUUAUCAGUUAACGCACGUUUAUGUCCGUUGCUGUCAUAACUCCUGGAGUUUCACAAUAGGAUCCUUAAAUCCCAAAUUCCAUUUUUUGAGAUUUUCUUACUAUCCCGCACGAUGUUCGUAGAUUUCUUGAAAUCCCGGACUGAUCGCGCAUUUUUUCUUCCUUUCAUCCCGGUUCCCUGUUCCUAAAAAAGAUGCGCCACGCAAAAGCUAUUGUGGAUCUUCUGCUUAGUUACCAAUGACACUAAUGCAGUGAACUCUAUAUAUAUAUAUAUCUGGAAUGAUAACAUUCAGUCAUUUGAUUGUGAAAACAAUGAAGCCUCCAUACCAGUCUUUCACGCGGAUUGGACGUCAGUCUCAGUCCCUCAAACGUCAGGUUUACGCGGAUUGGACGUCAGUUUCAUUCCCUCUCUUGCAAACCGUUGCACGGCCAGUAUAAAUUUGAACGCAAUCACGAAAAAAAAAUUAAAAACAUGGCCAACUCAACCUGCAAUACAUUUUAGGAGCAAACUGUUUUGCUCCUAAAAUUUCCUGCAUUGAGUUCGCUGUCGGAAAAAAGUCGAGGAAAACUUCCCCGUGUGGAGAAAAGAAUCACUUUUUCAAAUAUAUUGUGUCGUACUGUCGUUCUGGAUGCACAAGGAAAGAGAUAUUCUUGCGAGAAAAUUUCAUUUCACAGGUAGGUAAAUUGACUUGCAACUGUGACUUUGCCGUUGCCAUUUUUCGCGAUUGUUUGAAUUGUUUUUUAAUUUACCAGUUUUAUAGUUUUUAGUCAAUACACUGGUACGUUAUUUUUUAAAGAAUUUUAAAUUGUGUGAUCGGAAUUUGCCUGCCAGCAAAAUGUAAAUGAUAUGUACGUGUGUUUGAAUAUAAAUUAGACCAUAUGGGCUUAGUACGUUUCGGAGUAUAACUCCAUCUUCAGGUUUAUAAAAGUGAAUAAAGAUAUAAAAACUGUGAUAAAAAACUUUCAAAACAAUUACAAAUUUUAUAUGUAAGUGAUUUUUAAUACUGAAGAAAGUUCUUGAACAGUUGAUGACGAAGACAAUGACGAAUACUUUAUGUCGUGAUUUUUCUGUCGGCUUCACUUUUCGCUCGCUGUUAUCGUUCCAGAUAUAUAUAUAUAUAGAGUUCACUGCACUAAUGUGAGUAUAAAGUGCAGCACGCAAUUAUACGUGGUUGGGUGGCAACCAUUGGCAACGGAUAUAAACACGUGCAAGGCAUUAGUGCUUCCAUGAUUCGUAGACGCCUCUCAAUUAACCACCUGCAUGUGUAUUGUUAUUCGUUGACACACAGCGCGUGCUUAACAUUUUGAGAUAAAUUAAGAUAAUUCUUUGUUAUUUCUAGGCAUGUAAGCAGUAAUGAUAAAAUGGGUAAAAGAUAUCGAGAAACUAAACCUGUAUUUAGUAUCGAAGAUGACGACGAUGACGCAGGUAUGAUUGUACUUCAUGUAUCUCUAUAGCUCUUUCCUAAGCAGCUCGUGGAGAAAUUUUAUAUCAUGCCACAAGUGCGUGGUCUUUUGGUGUCAGCUAUGAACGAAAUUGUACCUUAUAAAAUAAACUCAGGAUACAAACAGCAUGUUAUAUAUUCGAUCACUAUUUGUCGGUUUAGAGCUGUCCAUGUGGUUGUUCAACUAUAACCAUUCGUUUAAUGAAGCUUGGCUCUCCCAAUGACCGCACUUUUCUCGCCAGCAGACCUGCAGGCGGGGACCUAACAAUUAGACGUGUGCAUCGGAUCGGAUUGGACGUUUAUAAUCCGACAAUUGGCUAAUGUUUAAAAUCCAAUCCGAUCCGAAAUUGUCUAAUCCGAAUCCGGUCCGAGUUUUGAUAAAGAAUUCCGAUCCGAUCCGAAGAAUCCUUUAAUAAAAUAAAUUUCUCAUUCAAGUGGAAAUAUUUAACCAAAUAAUAGUUAUUAUAUAUAAUUAAUUCAUUUUAUUUCGAAUAUCGAAGUCCUAUCUGACUACGAAACAACUUUAUCCCAAUCCGAAAUGAAUAUUUUUGUUCCGAAAUCCGAUCGGAUUCGGAUCGGAUUUGCACACCUCUACUAACAAUAGAACAGAAAUCCAUUUUGUUCUGUUCUUUUUCCUUUAUAUGAAGCAAAUUUAAACUUUGAACAUGUUAAUCAGGAUGGAAAUGGAUUUCUAUUUGACAACUAGUCCCAUCAUAAGAUUGUUACAAUGUCAUUGUAACAAUCUUAGAGAGAUUGUUCUUCGGGAUAUUAAUAUAUAUAAUCAUUAGUAAAUAUACGGACAGUAUAUUGCAUUGUACCGUGAAAUAUCAUUGACUUAUGGUUCCAUAUCUUAAACACUUUGAUGUAUUUUGUCAAUAGAUGAUUUCAAUGCGUCAAGUUCAGAAGAUGAAAUGAAAUACGAAACUGUAAAUAUUAAAACAUGGUUAAAAAGAAAAGAUGUUGUUCAAGUUAUUUCGUCGACGGAGAUAUCAAUGAAAACUAAGCGUGUGCACGAAAGGUAAUUCUAUAAAUGUUAUAUUUUAAUUUGGAUUUUUUAGUCAAAUUGCUUGUGCUCGUUACAGUAUCAUAUCUUCUUGUCUGGGUUCUUGUUCGGUUUCCAGAUCGUUUAAUUCAUUCUCACGUGACGUUACAAAAUUCUAAAGCUGGCUGUUUCAUAUGUAUCGUUUAGGUACUUGUAUCGUUUUUACAAGUACUCAUAAUUAUUUCUUCUUGAGUUACAAAAGAUUUCAAAAGCUGUUAAAACUAUAGGUUAUGCACAAUUUUGUUUUAAAAUUCUUGGGUAGAAAUUAUAGAGAACAUGAAAAUUUAUGAAUCAUUAACGCUUAAAGCUUGAUUGUGUUACUUUAUAUGCAUAUGAAAGUUGCAAUAAACUGACUAUUCACAUUGUUUAAAUUUCAGCCAUAUUCUAAUAACCGACUCCUUCAUGUUCGUUCUACGUGAGAUGACUUCCAAAGAAGGCUGGGCGGCCAUAAGAUCACGUGAUCAUCUUAAGGAUAUUUUAAAAAUAACAUCGAAGAAAAAACGUCCUGACGUUAUAACAUUUACGAUAUCAACUGGACCAGGUGACGAGGCGAAACGAAGGGCGAGAUUUAUUAUACCUAAUGCGCAAAAACAAGUACAGGAACUCAAAGCAUUUUUGAUAAGAACAUUUGGGGGAGAGUAAUGAAUAUAAUAUAAUAUGAUAGUAUGCAAAUAUUGUAAAUCACAUUCAUAGAAUGGAAAUGUAUUUUCAUCUGACAGUAAUAAUUUAUGUAGUGAAUUUUUCGGCUGAAUG